ACAUAUAGGGAAACGCACAUUCAUACAUACACAGACACAAAUGGACAGACUUCCAGGCAGGCAGACGUUCCAGUUAGUACUCAUCAGGCUUUUUUGCAUCGACGCUCAGUGAUUCUGGGCCAGGAGCGGCCCCUUUGAGAGCCACCUAGCCAAGAGAGGAGGAGGAGGAAAAAGACACAUCGGGUGUAUUUAUAGAAAAAUGAGGCCUCACAAUACCCUUUUUGGAGAGAGAAUUAUUAAGGAACGGAGUGGUGUGGGUGCACGUGUCCCAGUUUUCUGAUUAACACUGUGCAAGCGGACUGGCCCUCGGAUGAAUCAGGAAUGAGACACAGGACUAACUCCUUGACACACUCACAGAGAGAUUUCGCUUGCUUUUCAUGCACAGUCACCCCGUGUCGAUGUGGAGACUGCUGUGGUUUCAGUGGAGGACUCUGAUGAUGGGGCAGUAUUUUGAGUUCUUCACCCCAUCAGUGUGACCUAGUGUUCUGGGGUGGUCAGGGGAGACUUUUUUUCUCUCAUUUUUUUUUUUUUUUUAUAUUUGAGAGCACAGGUUGGAUAUUAGCCACCUGCUAUUUGAUAUCCAAGAUGAAGAAAUUCUUGCAGAACAAAAAAGGCAGAUACUCUUUUCGGCAGAGCAAACGGGGCUCUCGGUAUCCAGGCAAAGAUUGCUUGCUCAGCAUGCCAACAUCUAACCAGGGUUGGCCUGAGGAGUUUGGUUUCCAGCUGGGAGGGCAUGGACCCAGCUAUAUCCUGUCUGUGGACGAGGGGAGCAGCGCCCACCUGGCAGGGCUGCAGCCUGGGGACCAGGUCCUGGAGAUUGAGGGCCACAAUGUGUCCACACUUCCCCCACAGGCCGUCAUUGCCAUUGCCCAGAGCCAGAAGAACAUCCCCCCCAGUAUCGGAGUGGUGUCGCGCAUACAGCAGAUGGAUAUCACACCAGGUCCGGACGGUCGUUUUGGCUUCACUAUCGUAGGAGACUGCCCCCUGCUGGUGGAGGACUGUUCACCUUGUUCUCCAGCUGGCCGCGGAGGCCUGAGAGCUGGCGAUUACGUCAUGGAGGUUAAUGGCAUCCCCGUCAGGCAGCAUGAGAUGGCUGCAGCGCUGAUCAAGGCAUCGCAGGGGAGGACACUCCGUCUGGGGGUGUUGUGCCUUGGGCCAAGGCAGAAACGCAGCAGCAGCAUAGCGGACAGUCAGCUGGGAGUAGAAGGGAUGAGGCUGGACCGGAAACACAAGGCUCUAGAGUUCAACAGGAAGAUAGACCAGAUUUUGGGCGAUGAGCCAGAAGUGAAAGAGAGACUCUUUGCUGCUCUGAAGCAGUAUGCAGCAGAGAAGAAAGUUGAUUGGCUGGCUGCAGUCCUGCCAGACAUACUGACCACAGAUGAACAGCGGCAGCUCAUCUCCAGCAUCAGAAUCUUUAUUCCCAAGAAGCACCGGCAGCGCUUCGACGAGGCCGUCUCACAGAAUCUCAUCAACCGGAUCUGCCGCAGCAAGAGCAUCAGCGAGCCGCAGGGCCGAAUCCGCCGUAGCAGGAGCGAGGAUCACCCCGAGCGGCGCCCCGGGUCCAAACGAGCCAGCUCGGUGCCCCGGGAUGGAGGGGAGCCCGGGGGGCGGGGUGAGGGUGAGAGAGACAGGGGAUUCAGGAAGUCCAUCUCUGGAAUUCCCACACAUCCAAUUACUGGACCCAAUCAGAGGGUUGUUCGAGUCUAUAGAGGGAAGAAGAGCUUCGGCUUCACGCUGAGAGGCCACGCUCCCGUCUGCAUCGACUCCGUCAUGCCAGAUAGCCCCGCUGAGGAAUGUGGGCUGAAACCAGGUGACCGCAUCCUCUUCCUCAAUGGACUGGACAUGAGGAACUGCUCCCAUGAGAAGGUGGUGUCCAUGCUGCAGGGCAGCGGUGCGAUGCCGACUCUGGUGGUGGAGGACGGUCCGUCUGACUACUCCUCAGACCACACUGACCCAGAGGAAUCCCCCACCGUGGCUCCCCCCACUGCACCUCACUCCAGGUCUCCAGCCCUCAGCUCUCUGCAGUGGGUGGCAGAGAUCCUCCCACCGAGCAUCAAGGUCCACGGUCGCACUUUCAGCCAGCAGCUGGAGCACCUGCUGACCAUCCAGGAGAGGUACACAGUCUGCAAGGCCCUGGAAACCUUCUUCCAACACAGGAACGUGGACACCCUGAUAGUAGAUGUGUAUCCAGUUUUGGACACUCCAGCCAAACAGCUGAUCUGGCAGUUCAUCUACCAGCUGCUGACCUACGACGAACAGGAACACUGCCAAAGCAAGAUCUCACGCUUCCUUGGUUUCAAGGGUGCUGCGGUGGAGCCUGAGCUGGGUCCAGAGCACCACAGGAGGAGCAGCUCCAUGCGCGUGACAGGGACGUCGUACCGCAGCAGCCUCCGAGAGAGGAGCUCUGACGACUGCAUCAUCGGGACUCACCUGGGAAUGGGAAUUCAUGUCGAUGAAUCUGGGAGUCCGGAGGAGAGGCAGUGUGGAGAUGGGACCUCCUUCCCUGAGUCCCCCGACCUCAAUCAUAUGACAGGUGUGUACACAGAGCUGGAGAACGUGUACACAGGGAAGAAUGCACCGCCACUGCAGAGUAGCACCUCACCAGAGCCCGAGGGUCUGGGACAGACUGAGGGCUACAGCCGCCCUCUUUCCCCCCUUACACUCCCCCCUAUCAACAAAGGGAACCGCAAGUCAGGCCUGUCCCUGUCCUGGAAGGAGCCCCUGCCCACCCCUGUGUAUGAGAUCUACCACCAGAACAGCCUGGACUCCAACCCGUACGUCAGCCUGGAGAGCCCCCCUCCCUCCCCUGAGCCGUCCGACAACGCUCUCAGCCCGCUCAACCGCCGCAAGAAGCUGUUCACCUUCUCCCGCCCGCCCCGCAGCCGUGACACCGACAAGUUCCUGGAUGCUCUGAGUGAGCAGCUGGGCCACCGGGUCACCCUGGUGGAUGACUACGUACCCGGCGAGAACGACUACGAGGAGAUUUAUCAUGGUGGUUGUCAUGGUUUCAGAAGAAGAGAUGUGCCUAUGAGUUUCCAUGAAGAUCAGGACAUGGGCUUCAUACCUCGUCAGCUCAGCAGUGCCAGCAGUGAGGAUCACAGUAGUAGUGAUGAAGGCACUUCCCUCUCCUGCUCCUCUGGCUCUGAACCCAUCCCCCCGCCGCCAGACCAGAGCCCCCCACCUCCCCCGCCCUUCCAGACCCCGAUCCCACCCCCCUUCCAGUUCACUGACCCCCUGCCACCCAUCCACUUCUCCCCAGAGCAUGUCCCCCGUGCCCGUGUGGCCUUCCACCCGCAGCACCCCAUCAUCCCUCCGCCCCCGCCACCUCCAAGGGCUUUCCUAUCCAGCCGACCCCUCUUACACAAGGUGCUCCCCACCCAUGAUGAGACAGAGCAAGGCCAUCCGCGCUUCCAAACCACCUCCAGCCGUCUCCACACCCACGGCACCCUGGCUUCCCACCGCUCACCCCAGCCGUCCCGCCCCAGCCACCUCCCUCGGCAGAUCAGCCAGCCCCAGCCUGUCCGCCAGCCGUCCCCCCAGCCCUCCCCCCAGCUGCUGAGGCCAAGCCAGCUCGUUCUGCAGAGGCACCACCAGCUCCACCACCAACACAGCUACCAGGGCCCACUGCCACCAUCCCUAGGGGACCAGAGCCACACCUCAUCCCAUAGUCAAAGCCACACCCCGCCCUCCUCGCUGCUCUCUCAGCAGCGGAGAACUCACUCCACCCUCCCCACUCACACCAAAAGCUACGAAACCCAACGCCAGGAGCGCCAGGAGUGCCAGUCGCAAAAGGUACCCCCGCCCCCUCCUCCACCCCUGCCUCCCCCCACUGCCCCCCCUCCACUGCCCACAUCCAGCCCUCACGCCGCGGACUCCAACCACAUGAGUGUGAAGAGGUUGCGCUGGGAGCAGGUGGAGAACUCUGAGGGAACCAUCUGGGGACAGCUCAGAGAAGAUUCAGACUACGACAAGCUGAGUGACAUGGUGAAGUAUCUCGACUUAGAGCUGCACUUUGGGACUCAGCGCAGAUCUAAGCCGACCUUCCUGCCCGAGAACUUUAAAAAGAAAGACGUGGUGGAGAUCCUGUCUCGUAAGAAAGCCUACAACGCCUCCAUCCUGAUCGCCCACCUGAAGCUCUCUCCGGGAGAGCUGCGUCAGGUCCUGAUGAACAUGACGACCGACCGGCUGGAGCCCGCCCACAUCAAGCAGCUGCUGCUCUACGCUCCCGACGACGAAGAAGUCAAGCAGUACGAGCAGUUUGACCAGGACCCGGCCAAACUCAGCGAGCCCGACCAGUUCAUUUUCCAGAUGCUGAUGGUGCCCGAGUACAAGAUGCGUCUACGGAGCCUCCAUUUCAAGACGACCCUGCAGGAGAAGACCGAGGAGAUGAAGAUUGCAUACGACUACAUCUACAAGGCCUCAGUGGAGCUGAGGAGCAGCAAGAAACUGGCAAAAAUCCUGGAGUUUGUGCUUGCAAUGGGGAAUUACCUGAACAACGGCCAGCCCAAGAGCCACAGGACCACUAGCUUUAAGAUCAACUUCCUAACUGAGCUAAGCACAACCAAAACUGUAGACGGGAAAUCCACCUUCCUUCACAUUCUGGCCAAAUCUCUGUGCCAACAUUUCCCUGAGCUGCUCAACUUUUCCAGAGAGCUAACAACAGUGCCUCUGGCAGCCAAAGUGAACCAGAGAACCAUCACAGUAGAGCUGAGUGACCUUCACUCCACCAUCAAGGAUAUCAGGACGGCCUGUGUGAAGAGCCCAGCCACCUCCGAGGACCACUUCGCCUCAGUCAUGAGUAGCUUCCUGGAGAACAGCCACCCUGCGGUCCAGUCUCUGGAGUCCCUGCAGGCCAGAGCCAUGGAGGAGUUCUCCAAGGUGGCCUCGUACUUUGGAGAGGACAGCAAGGCCACCAGCACAGAGGCCUUCUUCGGCAUCUUUGCAGAGUUCAUGUCCAAGUUUGAGAGAGCCCUGAGCGAGACCCAGGCCACAGAAAACCCCAGAAGCCCCAGACUGUCUUCUCCUCUGGCCUGGUAGGAACGAGAAAUAUGGCCGACAGUCUGGCCAAACCGAGAGGCCGAACGGCUCCAGUUUCACUCUGUUCUCCUCAACCAAAGUGCCAAGAUCACACACAGAGACACUCAAACCGACAGGAACAGAGAUCACAUCGUCUAUAGCAAAUAAACGACAACAACGGAAAUGUACAUAUUUACGGAUUUCGAUCGAUGUACUCGAUGGCGACAGUUUGCGAGUGCCCCGUGCGCAGCAGUGCUGUUAUUUCAGGUGCUGGUCAGAGCAGAAACAUUCAGGUGUCCAAAGUCAACAGGAAAUCACUGCACACUGAAACCACUCAGGCUAGUUUUUCCAUUGCUUACAUCUCUUUUCAAUGCACAUGACACAGCGGCUGGUGAAAGAUACACUUGGGUGGGCAUCCGUGUACACGUUUACCCCAGUAUAUCUUGUUGCUGAACAUUAUAAGUAUUAAAAGGGGAUCUAAAAUGAUGAAAAUAACUGGUUUGAUUAUUUACAAAUUAAUUAUGUUUAUUAUAUGACUAUAUAAAGUAUAUAUUUUCUAUCAGAUCAUAUUUGAAAAUUGUAAAGAUUAAGCGUAGAUGUAGACUGAAGCCAGUUGAUCGUACUGAAUGUAUCUGGAGUUAAGAUAUUUUUUAGUGUAGAGACUUUUUGGAGCCAGGUUUAGUUUGAAUACCCCUCAGUGUGUUUAAUAAGACAGUACAUACAGUAGUGCACUCACACACUUAUGAUUAUUUGACGAUAGGUAUUGGAGUUGCUUAAAAAAAAAAAAACAUCUCGGUCUGUUUGCUGAUCUAGAAUCACAAAUGAAGUCAUUCUCACCUACGGUUUGAUUUUAAAGAGGCGCUCUCCUAAGAAUUGUAAGGAGCCGUUCACCCAAAAAUUAAAGUUUUGUUAUGGAGUCACCUUCAUGCCAGUUGAAUCCUCAAAAUACCUGAACUUAAUGCAUAGUGCUUGUGGAGCUCCAAACUGGGGGGAAAUGACACCAGAAUGACUCCAUACAGCUUGUGCAGCAUGAUCCAGGCCAUACGAAGCUAAACCAUCACAUCCUGAAUGGGAAGCACCUACGUUUACUAAUCUUAAUUUGGCACAAAUCUUCAUUAUAGCCUUUGAUUGCAAAAGAGUUCAUGCAAAUGUGCAUCCAAGUGUCGCUAACUAAGCGCUAACUGCUUACUUGUAGCUAAGAGGUAGAAGCAAUGAAAACUGACUUGAGGAUUAGUUUAGUAUUUAUUAGAACAUGGACAUUUCUUCACCCUGCUUUGCACAUUUGAGACAAAUCUUGCAAGUUCUAGUUGAGCAGAGCGGCUUGGAUGCACGUCAGCAGGUUUUGCUAUUAAAAGGUUGUAAUGAAGUUUUGGGCUAAACAGUGGUGUAAAUAUACUGAUUUUUCACUCAGGAUGUGGCUGUUUAGCUGUGCAGCUGUGUCUCAGAUGAUGUUGCACUAGACGAAUGAUGGAUAAUUCUGCUGUCUUUUUUGUCCUUUUUGGAACUCCAAAAAGUGCCACCCAUUGAUUUCAGUUGUUUUAGAGAAGGCUGUUAUUGAAAUUUGAUUUCUGGAUGAUAUGCUUCUCUAAAAUGUGCCCUCUUUCGAGAAAUAAAUGAUAAAAAAUGCUUCACGGAGAUUUACCUCAUUUCAAUUAGAGGAGCUGGUGUUGUCAGCCAAUCACAGUCAAAUAUCUGCCUCUUGAAACUGAACCGUUAAAGGCAACACUGAUCGUACAUCAGCACAGCACCAUAUGAGAUACUUUGUGGAUCCAUAAAUCAUCUCAGUGUCAUGAAAUGUGAGGGCGGAUUCGUAAAUAUUUUUCAAGAAUUAGAGUCUUUUUCUGUCGAUUCAGAAAUAUGAAGAUAAACGCCAGCUUUCAUGUGGAGAAGCUGAGCUGUGUGCUUCUGGCAGCGACGGCGGCUAAUGGUCCUGCACUUUGUAGAGUAUUAUUAGAGUUGUAAACACAAGCCUACUUUACAUGAGUGGGUGGCUGCUGAAUGAAAGAAAAAAAUGUAAAAUGAGAAAAGCGUGAAAAACAAAAUGAACUUUUUUCCUACUGUAAAUGGUUAUUUCCUGCCUUUCCUGGUCGUCAUGGUGACUUCACGAAUCAUCCACAGUGUACUGGUAGCUAUAUUGUAUUUUUUGUCGAUGGAAUAUUGUUUAGAUUGGACAUUUCAUGGUUUGCUAUGCACCGUUCAUUGUUUUCGUUUUGUACUAUAUGCCCGUGUGUCCCACCAGUCGUAUUACAAUCCAUCAUUUCCUUAUGGGAAUGUGGAGAAUGUCAUCACGAAAGCACAAUUAUCUCUGCACAGCUUUAGUCAGGCUCACGGGGCCACUGUGACCCCGUAAAAUGCAAGCCUCGCUGCUACUGGUGUUAGUACCGUGUUUCUCGUCCAAAACAUUUGCAUGUUGGUGCAUUUAAUGUAAGAUGAUGUGCAUCUGGUACUGUUUACCCUCCCCGGAUAGUUAGGGUUAGAGAAAAAAAACUCCUAGUCUAGUUAAGGUUAUUUAUCCAUCGCCUACGAUUUCCCUUUUAUAACUGUUUUAUAUGUUUUCAUGGAGAAGCUGUUUAUGUUGUGUGGUUAUGUUUUACCUUUAUAUGUUUGGUCAAAUGCUUUCAAAUGAAGGAUAUGUUUUUUGAUCUAUAAAAAUAUUAUGCUUGAAAAUAAAACUGCCUGACAUC